GUUUGACCCUCAGAACAUGGAAAAAAAUUUGCACGCAAUCCAGUGUGUGUCUGCACUCCUUCAGGGACCCUUUGACGUUGGAAACAGCAUUUUGGUCAUGCAAGGAGUCAUGGAGAUGAUGGUCGCAUUGUGUGGUUCAGAGAGAGAGAUUGACCAGAUGGUGGCAAUAGAGGCCAUCAACCAUGCAGCAAGCAAAGCCAGCAGAGCGAAUUUCAUCAUUUCUAAUGGAAUCACCUUACUGAAGGAUAUGUAUAAGAAAUCAACUAACGAUAAAAUCAAAAUUAGAGCAUUGGUGGGUCUGUGCAAGCUUGGAUCAGCAGGGGGUACUGACUACAGUCUGAGGCAGUUUUCUGAGGGAUCCACUGAAAAACUUGCAAAACAAUGCAGAAAGUGGCUAUGCAAUCAAAAUAUUGACAUUCGUACGAGAAAGUGGGCGAUUGAAGGCAUGGCUUACCUGACACUGGAUGCAGAUGUGAAAGAUGAUUUUGUAGAGGAUGAGCCAGCAAUGCAGGCAAUGUUUGAGUUGUCAAAGGUAGAUGCUCUCUAUCAGUUUCAUUUCAAUGUAUUGUAUUGUAUUACUCCCUCCUUCGUUGUAAAGACCAAUGAAUGA